AUGGACGACGCAUUGAUUGUAACGGGCGAAGCACUGUGCGUCCGGACCAGAAGCACGCCGCACGGCUCAGCCUCCCUUCUGAGCCCACCUGAGCCGUCUAACGCCGACAGCUUCCUCCCCGGCCACCUCUUGGCGGAGAUUUUCAUCCGGCUGCUCGACCCAGAAGACCUCGCCCGCGCCUCCGCCGCCUGCGUUACCUUUCGCCGCGUCGUCACCGACGGCUCGUUCCUCCGCCGAUUCCGCCGCCUCCACCCACCACCAGUCCUCGGCUUUCUCUGCCUCGGCGGGUUCCACCCCGCUCAGCCGCCUCACACCUCCGCGCCCGCCGCCCGCGCGCUCGCCCUGGCCGCUGACUUCUCCUUUUCGUUCUUGCCUUCGCGCCGCCGAUGGGCCGUCCAGGACAUCCGCGACGGCCGCGUCCUCCUCGUCGGCAAGCAAAACAUGAUGGCUGAAGGGCCCUCGAUCUCGAUGUUCCCGGAGCUCGUGGUGUGCGACCCCUUGCACCGGCGGUACAUCCUGCUUCCCCCACUGCCCGAUGGCCUAGUGGCAUCGGUGGAGAGGCAAGAUGACGAAUUUUUAGGGUGGUCUUGCGAGCCCAGCCUCAUUCCACUCAGCGAUGAGGAGGCUGCCCUGGUGGAAGAGACGACGUUCAGAGUGAUCUGGUCGGCAUCUUGCAAAACCAAUAUGGCCGUGUUUGUCUUCUCUUCGACCACUGGGCAAUGGCGAGCUACUGCAUCCCAGACCUGGAGUGAUCUGGUUAUUGACAGGCAGCCUUUGUAUUUUAUCAGGCGCCAUUUGGUGGGCGGCUGCGUCUACUGGGUCUUGCCGAUGAACAAUACGGAUUUGCUUGUGCUUGACACCAGAACUAUGGAGUUUUCCAUUGCUGACCUCCCACCUGGACAAUGGAACCGGCAAGAUAUAGCUAUUGUGGAUGCAGGGGAAGGCAGGCUUGGGAUGCUUAGUACAGGUUAUGGAAAUGCAAAUGGUGAAUCUUAUCUCUGUUAUACCAUUAGGCAAAACAAAGGCGAGAGCUUCGGCGAGUGGCAGAUGGAGAAAAUCUCACUAGGUUCUUGGUAUCGGUAUCGUAUUGUAGGUGGAACAGAGAAGUACUUGAUCCUACUAAGGAUAGAAACCCCGAAGUACUUAUCGCUUAGCCCACCAAUCAUGGAAUUUUGCAAACUGGAUGUCCGGACAAUGCAGGUUGAGAGGAUGUGUGCGGAAUCUUCCGGGUUUUCCGGUUCUAAAGUGUGCCUAUAUGCCGACUUCCCACCAUCGCUGUUGUCUUCACCGACAGUAUGAAGAGAGUCGAUCAAUGGAGGCAUAGUCAGUCAGAUUAGCAUCCUCGUCCUCAGAACUCCGAGCGGUUGCAAUUUCGGCAGCAUGGACCCCGCGUAGAUGUGAUGGCCUUGCCUGGAAAAAGACAUGAUUUAAUCUCAGUGGACUCACUAUCCCCAGUGCUUAUGGCUCAUUGUUAUAUAUGUUGUUGUUCCUGUGUAGUAUGUUACAUGGAUCAUGUGGUUACUCCCUGCUGAAACUAAGAACGUGACACUGGCAUUCAAUCAACAGCAGUGUGGGCAGCGUUUGCGAGGUCAGGGUGCCAAUAUGGCUUAUUACAGUUUAAGAGGCAUUUUUCGCAAUGACAGUGAGAGAGGUUUCUAUUUUC